AUGCGUGAAGCCCAAGGCUUCCUCCUCGUCUUCUCCAUCACCUCCCUCUCCUCCCUCCAAGAACUCGCCGAGCUGCGGGAGCAAAUCGUGCACGUCAAAAACGACCCCAACGUGCCCAUCGUGCUGGUCGGCAAUAAAUCGGACCUCGAAGACGACCGCCGCGUCUCCCGCAGCAGGGCUUUCGCGGUCAGCCAGGCGUGGGGGAAUGUGCCGUACUACGAAACCAGCGCCAGGAGGAGACAGAAUGUGACCGAGGUGUUUGUGGAUGUGUGUCGGCAGAUUAUCCGUCGGGAUGUUGCGCGCGCGAGAGUGGAAGGCGGUGGUGGUGGGGGGAGAGACCAUAGAGGUGGGGGCAGGAGACGGAGGAGGGAGAGGGAGAGGCAGAGGAGUAGGAGUCGUAGGCGGUAUGAGGAGGAUGACGAGGAGGAUUAUAGAGGUGGUGGUGGUCAUGGGGGGAGGAGGAGUCGAUGGGAGAAAUGGAAGAAGGCUUCUAGCCAUUGCGAGCAGAGUUGA